AUGAAUUUUCAACUAAAUCUAAAUUCUUUGGCUAAUUCCAAUAAAAAAUAGCUAUUAACUCCUAGAGUAGAACCAGGUCAAUAAUAUCAUAUAAAUAAAAAUCUCCAAAAUCCAAACUUUGGACAAAAAAAUCAUCAUAAUCACAAUUCAUCUUAAGACUAUGGCUAUAAUGAGAAAUCUUUUUCAAUUACUAUUUUAUCAUCAUAGAAAAUUGCUGAAAAUAAGUUUAUAGAAAUUUAAAAUAAAACAUAUGAGGUCUUAAAAUUAAUUGGAACAGGUAAUUUUGGAUAAGUCUUUCAUUUAUAGAAAUUAAACUCUUAAGAAUAAUUUGCACUUAAAGUCUAAAAAUAAAUGAAUAAAGAUGAAGCUGAUAUUUUAUUAGAAUUUAAAAAAAACACAUUUAAAAACCUUGUUAACACUAUAGAAUGUUUGUUUAAUCAUUAAACUUAAGAAUAUUUUGUUUUAAUGGAAUAUUGUGAAUAAAGUUUAGAAGAUUAUUUACGUUCUGGAGAAUUAGAAAAAACUAAUAUUCGAUAUAUAAUGAAAUCAAUUGCAAAUGGUAUUAAAGAAUUACAUGCUAAAGGUAUAAUACAUAGAGAUUUAAAACCAGAAAAUAUAUUAAUAUUUUCUAUAAAAGAUGGUGAAAAUACUUAAGCAUGUUAUAAAAUAUGUGAUUUUGGAUUGUCAAGCUAAAAAAAAUAUUCAUUAACAUAUUGUUGUGGUACUUCACAUUAUAUGGCACCAGAAUAAAUUUAAAAUUUAAAAAAUAUUAAAAUUGGUUAUAAUUCUAAAGUAGAUAUUUGGGCUUUUGGAGCAGUCAUUUUUGAAUUGUUUUCUAGAGAAGUUCUAUUCAUGGGUAAUAGUAAUUAAGAAGUUUAUGAAUUGAUAUUAAAUACCAAAUAAAAAGAUCUUGAUGCAAAAAUUAAGGUUAAACUUGGCCAUUUAGAAUUUUUUGAUCUUGUAAUCAAGAUGAUGUAAAUAAAUCCAGAAGAUAGGAUUGAAAUAGAAUAAGUGAUAGAAAAACUAAAAAAUUCUGGAUCUAAAUGUAUUAAGAGCAAAAUUUCAUCAAAUAAUUUCUAAUAGAGCAAAGUAAUUAACAAUCUAAAUUUUAAACAAGCCCCCUAUCCAAAAAUGUAAAUAUAAUAACAAACUUAGUUCUAAAUAAACAAACAAUUCCCACAACCAUUUAAAAAUUAGAAAACUCAGGAAAGGUUAAAUUAGCUAUGA